CAACCACUGACUGGUUGUACUCAGCGUCACCCUUGCUAGUAUUACAAACUUGAAUUACUACUACCAUCUCUCUCUCUCUCUCUCUCUAUAUAUAUAUAUAUAUAUAUAUAUAUAUAUGAGGGUAGAACUGAGCCCAGGAGCUGAAGUUCAGCCACGGUGAGUCAGAGACUAGAGGGCCUGAAGGAGCUUUCACAAGCAAGACAGAACAAAGGAAGUCAACAGGAGCACGGGUUUCCCACAGUAGCAGCAGCCACACAAGAUAAUACAAGAAGCAACGGGAUACUCGCUACAUUUAAGAUCAAGUAUGGAGAAUGUCACUCGGCAAAAUGGUGGAGAGGUAGUGGUAACAGAUCCACUUUCAAAUGAUCAUCAACGAGGAAAAAAUGGACAGAAUGGCAGCCCAGAUGCAGCAGUGGGUGCUAAUGGAGAUUUGACAGAUGCUGGAAAACAAGGAAUCACAGAUGUUAAUGUAUCAAGGUUAGCAAGAAUGCCAGUGGAAGUUGAAGCCAUACGAUACAGUGGAAAUCACAGUCACCGUGGUCAUUGUAUAAUUUUUAAUCAUCGGGUUUUUGAUCGUAAUACUGGUCUUGGGGAGCGUAAUGGCACUGACCGCGACCGUGAUCAGGUACAGCAGCUAUUUGAGCAGUUGGGUUUUCAAGUGAAGGUGUGUAACAACUAUACUGUAGCCAGUAUCAAAGCAGAAAUCCAGGACUUGGCUUUUGGCACCGAUCACUCUGAUUGUGAUAUGCUGGCAGUGAUAUUUAUGUCACAUGGCGAGCAAGAUAUACUAUGGGGUAAAGAUGGUCACAUAAAAGCUGAGUUUCUUUUUGAAAGCUUUCAAGGUGAUCAGUGUAAGACACUUGCUGGGAAACCCAAAUUGUUUUUCAUACAGGCAUGUCGUGGAGAGAAUUUGGAUGCUGGUGUAACACUGGUGCGCUCACGUCCAAGUGAUGAAACUGACUCAGGUUACUUAUCCUACAAGAUUCCCAACACUGCUGAUUAUCUGAUUUGUUGGUCAACUGUACCAGUUUCAGGUCACUACUCAUGGCGUAACACUACAAAUGGAUCAUGGUUCAUACAGUCACUUGUUCAUGUACUAAACAGAGACUCUUCCCAUGAUGACUUGCUCUCCAUGAUGACAAGUGUUAACAGGCAUAUGAUUAUCAACUUUGAAUCCAACUGCCCUUCUCAACCACAUAUGCAUGGAAAAAAGCAAGCUGCCAGUAUUGUCUCUACUCUGAUGCGCAAAGUGUUCCUUUUACCCAAAUAUUGACAAUGGGAUGAGCAGGGAGGCAAGAAUGGUAGGUCAGAGCAUUUAUCUAGGCUGUCACUUGCAGCACCAAUAGCCUCAGAAGAACAAAUAGAAAUUGACAUCCAGCCAGAGCCUGAAGCAUCCUUCAAGACUCGAAUAAGUAAGCUCUUGCGCUGCCCAGUGAAACCUAAGAUAAAAUCUUGGAAAAUCCCAAGUCUAAGAAAAGUAAGAAAAAACAAGGCAUUGUGGAAGUUUAACCAUGUUUUAGCAAACCCUGACUAGUGUGAUUGUAAUUACUGGUUAAACAAAUCUAACAAAUGAUAAAUCCAUUGUUACAAGUGUAGUAUCUUAAGUCACUGUAGCAAAUUACAAUAGUUAUAAUUCUGAAGAAAAUUAAUGUGUUCUACAUUGAUAAUGUUGUUUCUUCAAAGAUAGGAAUAAGCAGUUCAACAAAAAAUAUGAUUUUUAAUAUUCAUACAGUAUACCUAAUAUAAUUGUUGUAAUUUAAAAUUGCAAAUAAUUAGUGGUUGUAUAAUUCUCUGGCACUUUUAACACUGUGUGUACAAAUGAAUUCACAGGUUAGUAUCUGAUAAAGAUUCUUUUAUUUUGAUGUGUAUGUGAACUCUAUUAGAUGAACAUGUCUUUCAUUACCAUGGUAACCUAAUGGUAAGAAAAUGUCUUUCAUUACCAUGAAUGAUAAGUUUUUGGUAUAAAAAUGUCUUUCAUUAAGAAGUACACAAACAUAAGAUCUUUGGUCACAGAAUAACAGUUGUUAAUUUUCCUAUUUAAAGUAUUUUCACCUUAAUAUGAUGAAGCAUGCAAAAUUGAAUUUUGCAUUUUGUUUAACAAAUCUAAGUAAAUAACUGUAAACAGUAGAUUAAUAUUGACUCGGAUGAGAUAAAUAUUGUACGUACUGUAUAACAGUGUCAUAUUGUAUACUGUAUGUAUCAUUGAUUUUUUUUUAGGUGUAUUCGUAGCAAAUUUGUAUAAGAGAUGCACAUUAGAAGUGCCAUGUGUGAUAAGUGUCCAGUUGACAUCACAGUACAAGUUUUUGCACAAUGACCAAGUCUUUCAUGAAUAUUUAUGAUUGUGUAAGUAGUUUGACAAUUUUGUGAUUGAAUUUAAUAUUUGCACAUAGAGUAGUGUAGCUAAUUGGAACAGUUAUCUUGCCAUAAUAAAGAAACUGAAUGAUCUGUUGCUCAAACUAUAUUGCUGUGAUUUAUUUUCAGAAUAUUUUCUCUUGAUUACAGUAAUUUUCUGCAUAUACAGAAACUAUAUGCUGUACAGUCAGACCCAGGAGUUCACAUACUUUGUAAUCCAUUUGAUUCAGUUAUUCUACAUAUUUACUGAAGGCCAUUUCAUGGAUAGGUUUAUUAAAAAAAUUCUUUAUGGCCAUUGUCUUCAUGAUACUCCUAGAAUUUCAUUAAAAAUAUGCUCAUUCUUUCUUAUGAAUGUUAAUAUUAGCCAGAUUAAAGCAUUGUUCAAAUAAAUGGGCAAAAACAGUUAAAUCAUUUGUACAUGAGAAAUUUAACAAUAUCUGCAGCUUCAGGAUUUGCAUCACCUCCAGGAGCCUAAUGUUACCCCAUAGAUCAUGGGUUUCAAUUGUAUGUGCACUUCUGAAGUACUGUAUAUGGAAUUUGGAAUAAUUAUGAAAAAUAUUAUUUCAUAUUUGUGAAUACAUUUUUUUUUUAUACACCCUGUCGUUGUAAGUCCUAGAUCUCAGAAGGUGAUGGAUGCAUAUUUAGCUGGCAAACAAGAGAAACUCUAGCAAGUUUGGCACCAAUCAUCACCCAAAAACAGGCAGCUUGCUGAACAAUAAAAAAUUCAAAUUAUGGGCAACAUACUGGGCCCUUAUUCAAGUUCCUAAACCUGCAAAAUACAAGUGCCAUUUGUUAUUACUAGUGUUCAUGCCACAUCAUUAGAACACUACACUGUAAUGCUGAUGCUGACGUAAGACAUUUCCUGGAAAACUGUAACAGAACACACGGGCAUCACACUAGAAACAUACCUGGUUGAAAUCCUCCAUAUGCAACAGAACAUCUACUGAAAUUAUAAGCAAACUAAAAAGUCAACAAUGUGUAAUAACUUAUCAGAUGAAUUAAACAUUUUUUUAUUAAAUUUUUUUUUUAACACGUCGGCUGUUUCCCACCGAGGCAGGGUGGGAAACAUACUGAAUUUAAAUUAAAGCUGAAACACAUAAUGUGUGCUUAAGUAGUUCAGUCAUGUCUUAGCGUGUCAUUUAAUAUAAUUGAACAAUCUCUGUUGUAAACUAUGCUUUAGUGAUUUUAUAAAUUACUCUCAAGCUUUUCCUAUUUCUUAAAUUUAAAUUUUUAAUUUUUAUUGAAUAAGCUUGUAAAUUUUAUCUUGACUGUCAUAUACUUGGGGAAGUGACUUAUGUACCGGAGACAAGCAAGAUGAGUCCAAAUUGGCAAGGAGAAAACACAGUGUUUGGUUACAUAUAUGUACAGUCACUUGUGAAUCGCUUUCUCAAAUACUUUUGAUAGAAUUGAUAGAUUGAACAUUGAUCUAAUUGCGAAUAUCAGUCUGAGCACCGCCUUUGAGGUAGUCUGGAAAGGUGUAGGAUAUUGAAGUAGGGGGAGAUAAUACUUUUGCAACUUUUUUUUAGAUAAUGGUAAGCAUUUCUUCUGUGAUACUACCUGAAUUGUUGAGUGGUUUAAUAAUCAAUUCUAUUUCAGUAAUUAUCAGUCAGAUAGCUACUGACAUUGGGAGUUAGGCUAGUCUUCUAAAGAAGCUUAUGGUGUUACAACAUAGUGUUUAGCUAAGCUUUUCACAACAAUGAAAGAAAUAAGGUAUUCUUUAAAGAACUCUUAGGGAGUCAUAACAUAGUGGUCAUCUUAGUUUCAUACAAAAACAAAGAUAGCUGGGCAAGUCUUUAAUGAUGAUCGCUCCUGAGGUCACUUUUCACAGAUAUGUCCUACUUGUAGCCAAAGCACUGCCACAAACAAUAUGGGUGUCCCUAUACAUUAUAUCUGUAAGGGAGGAGGGGGCUAAAUGUUGAAGGGUUUUUGAUUGCUUGAAUGACCUCUAUAGGUUUAGCACUCACUCUUGAAUAUAAUCAUAAUAAUGCUAUAGAUUAUGUCCACAUACAAUAACAAGAGACUACAUGAUGUAUAGGUGAAUGAGUUCACUAUUUUACACUCGGUGCAGAGACUCACCUCUGGCUUCUUGUAAAUUUUAUACACUUAUUUUUUCUAUAGAAUCUCUAGAGUGAACAGUCUUUCCUGUUUCCUGACUCGCAGAAUACAGAAGACAGUCUCACUAUAACACUCAAGUCCCUUGCUUUCCAAAUACAGUGGACCCCCGCUUUACGAUCAGCUCCCAAUGCGACUAAUUAUGUAAGUGUAUUUAUGUAAGUGCGUUUGUACGUGUAUGUUUGGGGGUCUGAAAUGGACUAAUCUAAUUCACAAUAUUCCUUAUGGGAACAAAUUCGUUCAGUACUGGCACCUGAACAUACUUCUGGAAUGAAAUAAUAUCGUAAACCGGGGGUCCACUGUAUAAGGAAUUUUACUGUAUGUAAGUGUAAAAUUAGUAAUUAAUGUGGUGUUUUAUCAAUAUGCCCUCCAUGACUAAGCCAGAUACAAAAUAAAGAAUAUGAUUGUGUUGUAGUAGAAUUCUGUUACUACCUUAUUUUUCCUUCUCUCUAGUGAUGUCAAGUGCACAAAUACUUGUAGGAAGCUACUGAUGUGAUCUUAAUUGCAUCCUAGAUAAAUGUAUUUUUUUUUUUGUAGGUAAGUUUCUAUUUUAAAAAUAAAUUGUUUUGUUGUCUUUAUAAUAUGUAUAGAUAUGUUAGGCAUCACUUUGGGCAUUACAUGUUUUUGUAAUUGUAAAUCUCUCAUUAGAUUAUGUAAAUAUAAAUGUUACAUAAUUGGGGAGGAGGAGUAUGGAAGAAGUGAAUGUUUUCAGAUACUUGGGAGUUGACGUGUCGGCGGAUGGAUUUAUGAAGGAUGAGGUUAAUCAUAGAAUUGAUGAGGGAAAAAAGGUGAGUGGUGCGUUGAGGUAUAUGUGGAGUCAAAAAACGUUAUCUAUGGAGGCAAAGAAGGGAAUGUAUGAAAGUAUAGUAGUACCAACACUCUUAUAUGGAUGAGAAGCUUGGGUGGUAAAUGCAGCAGCGAGGAGACGGUUGGAGGCAGUGGAGAUGUCCUGUCUAAGGGCAAUGUGUGGUGUAAAUAUUAUGCAGAAAAUUCGGAGUGUGGAAAUUAGGAGAAGGUGUGGAGUUAAUAAAAGCAUUAGUCAGAGGGCAGAAGAGGGGUUGUUGAGGUGGUUUGGUCAUUUAGAGAGAAUGGAUCAAAGUAGAAUGACAUGGAAAGCAUAUAAAUCUAUAGGGGAAGGAAGGAGGGGUAGGGGUCGUCCUCGAAAGGGUUGGAAAGAGGGGGUAAAGGAGGUUUUGUGGGCUAGGGGCUUGGACUUCCAGCAAGCGUGCAUGAGCGUGUUAGAUAGGAGUGAAUGGAGGCGAAUGAUACUUGGGACCUGACGAUCUGUUGGAAUGUGAGCAGGGUAAUAUUUAGUGAAGGGAUUCAGGGAAACCGGUUAUGUUCAUAUAGUCGGACUUGAGUCCUGGAAAUGGGAAGUACAAUGCCUGCACUGUAAAGGAGGGGUUUGGGAUAUUGGCAGUUUGGAGGGAUAUGUUGUGUAUCUUUAUACGUAUAUGCUUCUAAACUGUUGUAUUCUGAGCACCUCUGCAAAAGCAGUGAUAAUAUGUGAGUGUGGUGAAAGUGUUGAAUGAUGAUGAAAGUAUUUUCUUUUUGGGGAUUUUCUUUCUUUUUUGGGUCACCCUGCCUCGGUGGGAGACAGCCAACUUGUUGAAAAAAAAAAAAAAAAAAUUCUGUAAUUUAUAUAGUUUUCUUGAAAAUAAGUACUGCAUAUCAUUUAUAUUUAUUGGCCAAUCUCUUUGAGGGACUUAUAACAGAUAAUCCAAAACUCAAAAGUUUGAUUGUUAUAUAUAUAUAUAUUUUUUUUUUUUUACAAAAUAUUAAAUAGUCUAAAACAUUUUAUAAAAAAAUGAAGGUAGGAAUUAAUCAGGGUUUACCUGGAGUUUACCUGAAGAGAGUUCCGGGGGUCAACGCCCCCGCGGCCCGGUCUGUGACCAGGCCUCCUUAGGUCAGUGUCCCAGGGUGCGACCCACACCAGUCGACUAACACCCAGGUACCCAUUUUACUGAUGGGGAACAUAGACAACAGGUGGAAAGAAACACGUCCAAUGUUUCUACUCUGGCUGGGAAUCGAACCCAGGCUCUCACCGUGUGAAGCGAGAGCGUUAACCACCAGGCCACCAGAGGUGGUGAGUGUUGUCAAGUAUUGAAUGUGUUAGUGGAGAUUUUAGCUUUUCAGCUUAGAACAGAUUUCACAAAAUUGUUACAGAAAUCAUUAUAAUAAUUAUAUUUUUUGUUUGGUUUGUUUAGUUUAAUUAUAGUCAUUCCUUUACUUUUUGUUAUUGCAAGUUAGAAAACGCAUUUUUGCUUCAAAAUGUACUAUGCAUUUAUUAUAUCACUCGGUGUUUCUCCAUAUUUUCUUCUUUAUUUUGGAGGAAUGGUUUAAGGGUAAAUCCUUUACACUUUAAGAAGAUGCAUUAAGUGUUUAGGCUUAUUAAUUUGUGAGUCUGUGAAUGUUCCAAACAGAAACAGUUUAUUAUUAGGUAUGCAUUAUUAUUAGGGAAAUUCCUUAUUUAUUUCUGUACAGUACUUCUCUUCAUGAUGAUGUUUUUAGACUUCUGAACUUAAAAUGCAUAUACUGUACUGUACAUUAUAACUCAUGUAAAACCUAAUACAGUAGAGUUGUUGAUGUUUCAUAAACUUGACCUGUAAUAUGAACUUCCAGUUACCCUAUCUUCACUUCCUUGAUUAUUUUCCCAGCAUCUCACUCUGUAUUGAAUAAGUUUUUUUUUUCUCAGUACCACUAUUGAGACUUUAUAACAUGAUUAAAGGGUAUUCUUAGUUAUGCAGUGUAGAAAUGUAGAUCUUUAUGUAAAAUAUCCAUUAUCAUCAUAGAGUAAUAUACAUUCAGAUGUUCUGUUAAAUACAUCAUAUAUUAACCCUUUGACUGUCGCAACCCCCAAUCCUGAGGUGUCUCCUGGGGUGUCGCAAAAUUUAAAAAAAAAAAAAUUAUUUUUUCUUAUGAAAUGAUAGAGAAUAUUUUCCCGAUUGUAAUGACACCAAAAAAACGAAAUUUGAUGGAAAACUGACGGAAUUAUGCUCUCGCGAAGUUAGCGACUUCGGCGCUGUUUACAAAUCGGCUAUUUCGCCCACUUUGAGCCCUAUUUUCGGCUAAUUCCAUUGUUCCAGUCGCCCAAACUCAUAGCUAUUUCUUUAGAACUUCAUUUUUUCUAUCGAUUGAAUACAAGAAACUGCCCAUUUACUGAUUUCAACUACCUAAUAAUGUGGUCAGAAAUUUGCAAUUUGGCCAAUUUUACGAAAACUAAAAAAUAUGACAAUUUCAAAAUAAGGUCCAGAAUGAACAAUGCAGACAUUCCUGGCUCUAAAAUAACAUUUUCUUUGUUCAUCAGUCACGUCUCCAGGCCCUUCUGAUAUUACUCUUGCUUUCUAUUUUGAAUUUUUAUUCAAACAAAAAAUAUUAGACUUACUAUUAUGCAGACUACUGCAAUGCUGUAAUAACUGUAUAAAUAACAUCAACCCAUUCAUGACUGCAUAUUAGAAUGGCUAGUUGGACAUUUAUUGGACAAUGGCAUCAUUUGUUUACUUUUGAACAUUGGCAAAAAUCAAACAUUUCCCCUACUUUGAGCUCCAUUUCUAGGUUCUUUUUAUAGUAAAAUCAAUCAAAAUUACCUCUAUUUCUGUAAUAUGUCUUCCAUUCUAUCAAAUGAGACCAAGAAAACGAGAAUACAACCAUAAAUACUAUACGAAAAUAGACCACAAAGUCGGCAUUUUAAUUAAAAAAAACGGUCGGAGUUUUUUUUUUCUCAUUAUGCACUGCGUGCUCCAGGAUUUUUUUUAUAUGGUGCACACUGACCACACAGACCCAUUCUCUCACAUGUGGGCCUACCAGCUUUCUCCUGCUUGAUUUGAAGCCGCUAGAAUUUAUGAGUAUAUAUACGUCAAACAUGGCACCUCGUAAAACGUAUAUAUACGGCCGCGACAGUCAAAGGGUUAACAGAACAUCUGAGUUUUAAGAAUACAUAUGAUAGGGCCCAGGGGCUAGGAGACUGAAUCUGGAAAAUGACAAGUUGAGAGGCAGAGCCACGAGCUAAGACUCAACCUCUGCAACCACAUAUAGGUGAGUAUUUACGUACGAAUGUACGUACAUACAUUCAUACAUACAUACAUACAUGCUUACAUACAUACCUACCCAUAUAAUAAAAUUGUUACCUCGAGAAAUAUUUUCUGGCCAGUAAAUUGCUGAAGACAAUAUAUGUAUUGUAAUUUCAUUUUGUGGCAUUCCUGAUAUUCAUAAACUUUUUGUUCAUGUUCCAUGAAUAGUGUUUUUGUGUUUUGUUAUGCAGCAUAGAAUUUUCUGGUUGUGCGAGUGUCCUUUUUAAUAAGUAGUGUUGAUAUAUCUAAGGUAGUAUUUAAUACAUUUUCCUAGAGUGCAAUAAAAUGUCUUAU